UUCGCAAAAUGGCAUUCAAACGAACAACAUGUUUACAUGAACAUGCUCCACGUUAUAGGAAAUAUAUGUUUUGUUCAUUUGUGCAUUUUUUUGGUAAGCUAUGUUGCAUUUGGCUCCAUCUCUCUCUGCUCGAGCGACUGAUGUGUGCAGACCUUUUGUAAUAGAGCAAAACACAAUUGUUAUACUAUUUGCAGAAUAAAGGCAUUUGGACGUCCAUAACAGUAAAAGUGUGCAUACAUCAUUGAGUGUGAGUCCAAUGUCAGAAAUAGAUAGCCAGCCAAUGUAACGAGACACGUUUCUUGUUUCAAAUCAUCCACCUUUUAGGUCAGAGUUGAGGGUGAGGCGUGCCUGGUUACCAAGGUGACGGCCCCGCUAACAUGGCUAGCUAGUAGUAGAGAUUAGAAAUGUCUUCAUUAGGCUAGGCUAGAGACCAGCAAGGCGUAUUUUCCCCCAAGCCUUUCAAUCUUGGAGUUAGCUAGCUAAAAUGCAUGCCACAACACCACAGAUAGAACAAUGAGAUUAGUUAUACAAAUCUUUGACAACAAUGUGUCAUGAAAAUAUCGCUAUGUGUUAUUUAUAUAUUAGACUAUGGAUAAUUUACUUCUAUGCAGUGUACACUCUGAAGAAUGGAUAAUUACAAGAUAAUCAAGAAAAUUGGAGAAGGGACAUUUUCAGACGUGGUGAAGGCUCAAAGCCUGAAAGAUGGGAAAUAUUAUGCUUGUAAAACGAUAAAGCAGUCACUCAGCAGCCUGGAACAGGCCAACAACCUGCGAGAAGUCCAGGCCAUGAAGAAACUGAACCCUCACCCCAACAUCAUUCAGCUGCAUGAAAUUAUAUUUGACAAAGAAUCAGGGACCCUGUCCUUGGUAUGUGAGCUGAUGGAGAUGAACAUCUAUGAGUACAUACGAGGGAGGCAACAACCUGUGCCAGAAAGUAAAAUCAGACACUACAUGUAUCAACUUUGCAAGUCACUCGAUCACAUGCAUAGCAAUGGGAUCUUCCACCGUGAUGUUAAGCCAGAGAACAUUCUAAUCAAACAUGAUGUGCUCAAACUAGGAGACUUUGGCUCAUGCAGGAGUUUGCACUCCAAGCCCCCCUACACAGAGUACAUCUCCACCCGCUGGUACAGAGCCCCAGAGUGCCUCCUUACAGACGGCUAUUACUCACACAAGAUGGACAUGUGGAGUGUAGGAUGUGUUUUCUACGAGAUCAUCAGUCUCAGCCCUCUGUUUCCGGGUACCAACGAGUUGGAUCAGGUGACCAAGAUCCAUGAUGUUUUGGGUACACCUGACAGCAGUCUUCUUCAAAAAUUCAAGCAGUCUAGGGCGAUGUGUUUUGACUUCCCUCCACGGAAGGGCAGUGGGAUCUCUCGGCUCAUCCCAAACUGUUCUGCGCCCAGUCUGUCAUUGCUCUACCAGAUGCUGGCCUACGACCCAGAGGAGCGCAUUGGCUCACGAGCGGCGCUACAACACGCCUAUUUUAGAGAGCUACGGCUGGCAGAGAGGAGAGCUGAUAGUCUGCACAGGGCCAUUGGGACUGUAGAGGGAGGACAGAGCAGUGGGACCCCCAACUCUGUGGAUCACGUGUGGCGCAUGGCCAGACAGGGCAGGAGGCAGCACAACAUAAAGCAUGUUGCCGAGUCUCGGAUCAGACGCAACGCCCAACAUUAUCCAGUGGAAUUACCAAAGCUCAAUGUGGUAGUGCCUGCACCCCAGAUCACCUACCUUGGUACCACAGUACCAGCUCUUACCAUCACUCACCGUGGGUCCCCCCUUCCAGUCAUCACGCCAAAAAAGUGCCACUUGCGGUUGGCUAAGCACAACAUAAAGCAUGUUGCCGAGUCUCGGAUCAGACGCAACGCCCAACAUUAUCCAGUGGAAUUACCAAAGCUCAAUGUGGUAGUGCCUGCACCCCAGAUCACCUACCCUGGUACCACAGUGCCAGCUCUUACCAUCACUCACCGUGGGUCCCCCCUUCCAGUCAUCACGCCAAAAAAGUGCCACUUGCGGUUGGCUAAGCCAAGGGAUGAGUCCUACUGCUCUGCUUUCAAGACCUACUACAUGCCUCCUUUGGACAGGAAACGUGGUGGCUGCUGAGAGCCCCAAUUCUUAAGAACUGUUGCUGUUUAACAGAACAUACCUGUAGCUACUGUACAUACUCUAAUCUGCUUUGUUUGAAAUGUUAAGACAAUAUUGUUUGAACAAAGCUAUUCAGCUUCUGUAAAGCCUGCCACUUUCUGGUGAGAAGUGCAACCAGGGUGUUUGACAAAGGAAUAUCACAUAGCAAUAAUUACCAGGGUUAAUUUGUACACGUCAUAAUUCCUGCAGAUGAAAUAUAACAUGAUCCCCAAAGUAUAUUUGACUCUGUCAUCAGUGUUAGCUUAAUGAGAUAUUGCCUAUUAACCAUUAUUUACCCAGCCAUUUCCUAACAAAAUUAGGUGUCAUGUUAACAGCUGUUGAUAAGUUGACUCAAAAUGUAGCUAAUGACUACUCGCAUGCAACGCAGAAAUUCAAGGAUGAGCUCUGAUAUAUUUUAUCAAGUGAUGAAAGAGCCAGCAUUAGUUCAUUGAUUCAGCACAGUGUAGUGUAUGCUAGUGCUUGAUAAAAUUAGAUUUUGGGAAAUUCACUUUUUUGCUCACAGAGCAUAUCUUUAUAAUAAAAUCAAGUUGCAGAUUUCCUAGGCCACUGUGACUUCCAAAGCAAGUGUCAUGUGCAUGACAAUAAUUACAAAAGAAACUCUUUAAACUCUCAGAAUGUGCUUUAGUAUCACCCCUUUUACAAAAGAUCUGUAGCAUAUACUACUGCAUUGCCAAAGGAGUAUAAAAUGUAACUGUAUUUUGUAACAAGUUCUGUGAAUGUUUUUCUCUUUUUUAAUUAUGUCAUAUUACAUAAGAUUUUCCAAAGCUGUGACAGAUUUUUGAGAGAGGUACACUACACAACCAACAUUUUGUGGACACCUGCUCGUCGAAAUUCUCAUUCCAAAAUCAAGGGCAUUAAUAUGGAGUUGGUCCCCCCUUUGCUGCUAUAAACAUCCUCCACUCUUCUGGGAAGGCUUUCCACUAGAUGUUGGAACAUUGCUGCAGUGACUUGCUUCCACAGCCACAAGAUGUUGGGCAAUUCAUCGCAAAUGUGUUCUAUGGAGAUGAGGUCAGGGGUCUGUGCAGGCCCGUUUAAGUUCUUCGCCACCGAUCUCGACAAACCAUCUGUAUGGACAUAGUCGGCGUUCCAAUGGCGGCAAGCUCUACAUCACUCCAGCCAACGCAUGGUGAUCUUAGGCUUGGGUGCGGCUGCUGGACCAUGGAAACCCAUUUCAUGAAGCUCCCGACGAACAGUUCUUGUGCUGACGUUUCUUCCAUAGGCAGUUUGGACCUCUGUAGUCGGGGUUGCAACCGAGGACACAGAACGGUGGUUCCAUUCGGUGAGCUUGUGUGGCUGAGCCAUUGUUGAUCCUAGAUGUUUCCACUUCACAAUAACAGCACUUACAGUUGACCGGGGCAGGUCUUGCAGCGCAGAUCUUUGACGAACUGACUUGCUGGAAAGGUGGCAUCCUAUGACGGUACGACGUUGAAAGUCACUGAAAUCUUCAGUAAGGCCAAUCUACUGCCAAUAUUUGUCUAUGGAGAUUGCAUGACUGUGCUCGAUUUUAUAAACCUGUCAGCAACAGGUGUGGCUGAAAUAGCUGAAAUCCACAAGUUAGAAGGGGUGUCCACAUACUUUUAUAUAUAAAGUGUAUAUACAUUGCCUUCAGAAAGUAUUCACACCCCUUUACUUUUACCACAUUUUGUUGCGUUACAGCCCGAAUACAAAAAAAAUAAAAUGUAGAUUUGUCACUGGUCUACACACAGUACUCCAUAAUGUCAAAGUGGAAUAAUGUUUUUUGAAAUUUUAACAAAUUAAUAAAAAAAUUAGCUGAAA